CUACUCAUUUUCAGUCCGGUUUUGGAUUUGUCAACGAUCGCAGCCAGGCUGUCCAACCAGAAAAUUUAAACUGUUUGUUGUGUGUCGUGGUUUUACGCUCGUCGUUCCCUAGCAGGCUGCCUUGUCGGUUGCGUUUAUUUGUUCGGCGAUUUUUGUUGUCAACAGUUAUCUUGCUCUGACGGUUGGUUUUUCACGCAGUCACUCUGUCAGCCAUUCCCUUGCGAAGAAAACUCAAGUUUUAACAGAACGCCGAUUUUUACCGCCGUUUGUUGCAUUGCGCGAUAGAUAACAGCUACAACGUUUCCGAGUGGUGUGUGCAAUUUUAUUUUCGAAUAUCACCUACCGACGGCCAAUGUUUUUGUUUUGAUAUUUCCAAGAUUAUCCCAGUGUGGUUUAAAAUAAAUCUAUUUGAAUUUCUGAAUUGGUAACGAAUUUGAAAACCCACCAAGUGUUCGGAGUUGUUUUUAUUUUUCGAUUAUCAAGGCUUGACAACAGAAUUGUGCAGUGGUGUAUUCGGAGUGGACUUUGAAUAUUUUUGCAUUUCUUUGCCAUCCACCCGUAUGAUAAAGAAAAUUGAAUAAAAAAGGUGACAACGAAGAAGAAGAAGCAUAAAUUAUUUAAAUUGAAAUAAUUAUUAAUGCAUAUGUGACACAUCUUUGGCGAAAAUAUAUUUCAACGUGCAGAUACGACAUACAUACCUAUUACCUAUCCGAUAAUUCUUAUUUUGAAAUUACUGAAAAAAAAAGAGAAUUGAAAACAUUCAGCCCUGCUCUGCCAAUGUGAUAAGAAAUUAAACGUAAUUAAAUUUGUGGAAAAAGAACAACAACAACAACAGCAAUAUAAAAAUUUACGAUUACGAUCGAUUGAAGACAAACACAUCGAUCCAACAAAAAACAACUACAGCCAGCUAGCCAACAAUAUUAACAGGAGGUGGCAUUUGAAUAUUUGUUGGUAGUUUUAGAUUGUCAAAUAAGCUGAGCAAAAAACAAAACAUUUUGUGCUGCCAAACUAAAACCAUAAGUUAAUAUUGGAUACUUGCUAAGAGAGUUCGGUGUUCAUUGAUGAAUUGCAUAGAGGUUUGAAGAAGUUAACAAUCAUUUACUGAAAUCGUAAUAGAAAAGAUAAACGGCCCCCCUCUCGCUCCCAAUUCGAAGAUAAACUUACAAUAUUAACGCCCUGCUUUGUUGUAACUUAAGAAAACCAAAAGAAAAUAAAGGACAGCCACAAAUAAAAAUAUCAACAAGAAGACGUCGUUAUCCUUUGGUAUAGCCUUGUUAACAAAAUGGUUUUGGUACUGAAUGGUGUCCUGCAGGACGAUUGUCCGAUGGACACGACCAGUCUGUUCAUGCAACAUCCUGUCUACAGAGAUUAUGCCCAGCAAUUGUUAUCGAUACCCACAAAGUCGGUAGGUCCGGUGGGUCUUCUGUACGUAGGUCAACGUGAAAUGGCUGCUGCAGCACCGCAUGAUAAAAAUAUCAAUAUAAUUGGUACAGAUGAUGCUACCACCUGUAUUAUUGUGGUGGUAAGGCAUUCAGGUUCUGGUGCUGUAGCAUUGGCCCACUUUGACGGCACUGGCGUCGAUGAAGCUGUCUGCACUAUGGUGGCCCGUGUCCAAGAGUUGGCCUUAGGUUAUCCGGAGGGUCGCAUUGAAUUGCAAUUAAUUGGGGGCUAUCGUGAUCCACAGAGUUAUGGCGAAGAGGUUUUCUACAGUAUAAUGCAAUCAUUCCACAAACAUCAUCUUGAAAUUGAUUUAACACAAGCCUGCGUUGGGGAAUUAAAUACAAUUUUACGUGGCGAUAUCAAUUGCCCCAUUAUAUACGGCGUGGGAGUAAAUAUAAAAACUGGGGAAAUAUUUCCAGCCACAUUUCCCGAACGGGGACCAGAUAGGGAAUUACGUGAUGCUCGUAACUUUAUGGGAGCACAAACGGUUCUUGAUAUAUAUGACGCCUCUUUGGGUCUAUUACGCAUCGGACCCUUUAAUUAUGAUCCCUUAAGGGGUGCCGAUUUGUGGCUGGCACAAACCGAUGAAUUUCUAUUGCAACAUUUAUCCACAAGUCCUGAUGUGGAACCACCACAUUUUACACAUCAUAUGAGGGCAACCAUUAAAUUCAUACAAGAAAACCAAUUUCCUGCUAUUACUGUUUUCCGAGACAAUCGACCUCGCUAUUAUAGACGCGAUGAAACUACGGGUUGCUGGACACUGAUUUUAGAUUGAAAAUUUCUUAAAAAGAAAUUUCUAACAUGAAAACUGUUUAUUUCGGUAUGCGCCUUAUUAAAGAAAGUAAACAAAAAAUGGAUUUAAGUGAAAAAAUAUUUAAAGCAAAACACACACACAAACAUAAACUCUCUUUUAAUAAUAAAGAAAUUGUUUAAUUUUAUUGAAAUUAUUUAGUAAAAUGUAUAAGAAUUUAAAACAGAUGACAUUGUACUCUAAAUAUAACAAAAAAUAAAUA